AUGACAAUCGCUGAACAAGAUGAUACUACAAUUGGUGAAUUACCACCAUCAGUACCAAUAGAACAUCAACAUCAACAAUAUCAUCAACCUCUUCCUCCUCCUCCACAUCCACUAUAUUAUGAACAACCACCACAACCACAACCAUUACAUCCUCUUUCACCACAAGGAUACCCAAGUUACAGUAUAGAUAAUACUACUACUACUAUACAACAACCUACUCCUACACCAUAUUAUAUUGCACCACCACCACCAACAUUUGAAAGACCAAAAUGUAUGUUGGAAGAAUGUCCAGUACCAGCAUCAAGUGGUCAACCCUAUUGUGUAUUACAUGUAGGUGGUACAGCUCCACCAGCCAUGGUCAUGGCUAUCAAUGACUAUGACGACAAGAAAAAGAAAACAAAAAGAACAAAAACACAGAUAUUGAUUAUGUUGGUAAUGGUUGUUGUAAUGGAUGUUGUUGGUUUUGGUGUUGUUGUGACAAUAACAACAAUAAUUACAAUAACGAUAAUUCCGGUUGCUGUGCCAGUGGUGACGGAGAUUCUAGUUGUUGUGGAGAUGGUUGUUGUGGAGACGGUUGUUGCAGUUGUUGUGAUAAUUGCGAUUGUAAUUGUGAUUGUAAUUGUGACUGUAAUUAAUAAAUAA